AUGGUGUCUCUCCCUGGACUCUGGACCUACUGCCUCGCCCCCGGGAGACCCCAUCUCCUCUUCCUCUGCGCCGGAGCGCUCCUGCUGCUUCACGCGCUGGCCGUGCUCUCCUCCCCGGAUCCCUGCUUCCCGCACCCGCAGCCCUGCCACAUCCUCGCCCGGAUAGGACACACCGUGCGCCUCGGUGCGCUCUUGCCGACGCGCCAGCCGGUUCGGAUACAAAACGCGCUCAACCGCGCCCUGGCGAGCCUCCGGCACCAGAGCGGAGCGGCGGACUCCUCCACCACCACUUCCCAAACACCCCCCCUGCUGCCCUACAACCUGAGCCUGGAGAUGGUGGCUCGGUCGCCCGCCGGAGGGGACCCGGAGUCGCUGUCCCGUAGCACCUGCCAGGACCUGGUGGUCAGGGGGGUGUCCGCCGUGCUCGCCUUCCCCCGCUCCAAGGAGGAGCUGAUCCAGGUGGAGUUCCUCUCCUCUUUUCUGGAGAUCCCCUUCAUCUCCAUCCUGGAGGACACAGAACCUCUCGUGACCAAGAACCGAUUCCACCUGCAGAUGUCGGCCCGAGUGCCGCCGUCCACCCUGGGCAGCCUCCUGCUGGCGGUCCUGCAGGGCGGAGACGAAGACAGAGACAGAGGACGUCGGGGGGAAGGGAGCUGGGGAGGAGCGGCUGUGAUCUGCCCUGGUUGGGAGGAAGGGGGCGACGGGCUGCUCUCUCACCUCCAGAGGCACAGCGGCUCCACCUGGCAUUUGUGGGACAUCAUCAACCUGACCCGCAUCACAGGGGGCGGAGAGAGGAGAGGGGAGGCCAGCGAGGAGAGGAGGGAGGAUCAGAUGGAGGAAGAGGCUUUGAAGAUUCUCUCUGCUCGUUUCCUGCGCUCCCCCUCUCCUAUCUCCUCGGUUCUCCUCCUGGGCUCCGACCCCGAGUGUCUCUCCUCCGUCCUGCGGGUCGCCCAGCGCCUCGCUCCAUCCCUACCAGCACUCCAGUGGAUCAUGGGAUACCCCUUGUCUCCAGACUCGCUGCACACUCUAGGAGGCCCCCUCGGGCUGCUGGCCUACGGGGAGGUCGGCCGCAAGCCAAUCAGUUUCUACAUUCGGGACGCCUUGCAGUUGAUUGGCAGAGCGGUCACCGCGGCCACCCUGGUGAGACCGGACUUGGCACUGAUCCAGAACAUGGUGAACUGUUAUGACAUGGAAAACCGCCAUGAAGCGCCCUCUUCAGGACAGUACCUUUCCAGAUUUCUCUCCAACACCUCCUUCACCGGAGCCACGGGCCUGAUCCAGGUGGACGCCGGCCUCUCUCGGGUCCUCUCCUCGCAGCUGUUCCACGUAUGGAGCCUGAAGAGGGGCGCUCUGGGCCAGCCCGCCUGGGUUACUGUCGGCCAGUGGACCAGAGGCCGACUGGAGUUAGAGGGAGGGAUCCUCGGGCUGGUGGGGGGGUUAGGGGGCAGCCAAGGACAAGGUCUCGGGGCAGGGGUGAGGGGAGGGGACGGCCAGGGGGACGGCCACAUCGGAGGCCGCUGGAGGCCGGGACUUCCCAUCGAGAAACACCGCCUGCGCGUGGUGACCCUGGUGGAGCACCCAUUCGUUUUCACACGGGAGGUGGAUGAGGAUGGAUUGUGUCCAGCUGGUCAGCUCUGUCUGGACCCCAGAACCAACCGGUCUGACAUAAUCCAAAGCCUCUUCAACCAGCUGCACAACCCGAACGCUUCAGCCACAGACUGGGAGGGCAGCGAACUGCCGGAGGACCUGAGGAAGUGCUGCUACGGCUACUGCAUUGACUUGCUAGAGAAGCUGGCCGAAGACAUGGGCUUCACCUUCGACCUCUACAUCGUGGGCGACGGGAAGUACGGGGCGCUGAGCGGGACGGGACGCUGGACGGGGCUGGUCGGGGACCUGCUGGGCGGGACGGCUGAUAUGGCCGUCAGCUCCUUUUCCAUCAAUUCUGCGAGGAGCCGAGUCAUCGAUUUCACUUCUCCCUUCUACUCCACCAGCCUGGGCAUCCUGGUUCGAAGCCGGGACUCCGCGGCCCCCAUCGGAGCCUUCAUGUGGCCGCUCCACUGGUCCAUGUGGGUGGGCAUCUUCGUCACGCUGCACCUCACCGCGCUCUUCCUCACCUUGUACGAGUGGAACAGCCCCUUCGGCAUGACGCCCCACGGCAGGAACCGGCUGCGCGUGUUCUCCUACUCCUCUGCCCUCAAUCUCUGCUACGCCAUCCUGUUCGGACGCACCGUCGCCACCAAGACUCCUAAAUGCUGGACAGGCCGUUUCCUGAUGAACCUCUGGGCCAUCUUCUGCUUACUGGUGCUGUCCAGCUACACCGCCAACCUCGCCGCCGUCAUGGUCGGGGAGAAGACCUUCGAGCAGGUCUCGGGAAUCCACGACGACAAGCUGCACCAUCCCUCCAUGGGCUUUCGUUUCGGCACGGUGAGGGAGAGCAGCGCCGAGGAUUACAUGAAGAAGAGUUUCCCGGAGAUGCACGACUACAUGAGACGCUACAACCAGCCCACCACGCCGGAAGGUGUACACAUGUUAAAGACAGAUCCUCCGACCCUGGAUGCGUUCAUCAUGGACAAAGCCCUGCUGGACUUCGAGGUGUCGAUCGACGCCGACUGCAAACUGCUCACCGUGGGGAAGCCGUUCGCCAUCGAAGGCUACGGCAUCGGCCUGCCCCAGGGCUCCCCUCUGACCCGGAAUGUGUCGGAGUUUGUGAGUCGCUACAAGUCUGAGGGAUUCAUGGACAUGCUGCAUGACAAAUGGUAUAAGGUCGUGCCCUGCGGGAAGAGAGUCUUUGCCGUCACCGAGACUCUUCAGAUGGGGAUCCAGCACUUCUCAGGCCUGUUUGUGUUGCUGUGUAUUGGGGUGGUCGGAGCCCUGCUGACGUUGGCCGGCGAGCACACCUUCUAUCACCUGGUCAUCCCUCGCCUCCGCCGCACAAACACACUGAUGUACUGGCUGCACACAAGCCAGAAGAUCCACCGAGCCCUCCACACCACGUACGAGGAUGUCGGGAAGGAGCUGACCGGCCACGACCAAAACCCGUCCUCAUGCAUCUCAGAGAACUGCACCCUUCACCGGAAACUCCAUCAGCCUCCUCCCCCAUCUCCCCCCACAUCCCUCCCCGCCUCCACCACAGCCGGGGACACCACCAACUCCUCGCCAUCCCACGAGCCGAAGGAGAAGCGUGUGCACUUCGACCUGGAGACCCUGCACAGCUACCGCCUGCGCACGCACACGGCCUCGGUGCGCGGCAGGCCCGGGAUGGUCGGCCGCCCCGGCCUCGGCCUCGGAGGGUUCGGGCUGGGCCACCUCGGGGGGUUUGGCUCCCCGCCACAGAUUAGCCUCCACAUCAACGGGGGCCCCGUCUCAGCACUGGCGUCCACAGGCCUGGUUCUCACGCCCCUGGGCGGCAGGCCCGGUCAGACCAGCCUGUGGGAGGGGGAGCUCCAGGAGCUGCAGGGGAAGAUCGAGAUAUUCCGCACCCAGCUGAGGGAGGCUCUGGCCCGGAGAGCAGAGAUCCAGACCAGCCUGGAUCGGGAGAGGAGCGGACUGGUGCGCAGGGACACCAGUCUGGAGAGGGAGAAGGACAGACAGAGGACACAAACUAUUAACACGGACAGAAGUAGCAGCACUCAGUCCAAACUCCCUGAGAGAGACAGGACCAGCCAACUGCAGACCCUGAAUAAUCAAACAGGAAGGGCCAACCAAUCAGCGGGGCCCGGGACCCUGGAGCACGGGAGGAGCAGCCAAUUGAACACAGUCAACAGUUUGGAAAGAGGGAGACCCAACCAGUUGCGCUCCGUCAACACUUUGACGGGGGAAAGGACCGUCCAGUCACGCAGCUCCACCAGUUUGGAGCGAAGUCGAGUCAACCAGUCAGGUGCUGGGAACGUAGCUGUCCAAUCACGGAACACCUCCAGCCUGGACAGGCAGAAGGCUAACCUAUCACGCACUAUGAACACUUUGGAGAGGACAAAAGCCAACCAAUCCGGUGUGAGCAGUGGAACUUGAUUGUCCCAGUAGGAGAUUACAACAGGGACCAGUGCAGAUGCAUAACCGCGGGAAGAUGGCGUCUGAGGGGAUGCUGGCUGAAAACUUUCAAUAAGUCACCCAACGCCACUGGGGGGGGGUGCUUGCUGAAGAAUUACGAUAUAUGUUAACUGACACCAUUACUUACUGUCACCUAAUAAUUUUUCCACAAGAGUUAUUUCCAUUCUCAGUUCAAACGACGACUAAAACCAACUUUAACUGCAAUUUAAGAGCUGAUUUAAAAAAAAAAAAAUGUCUGCAUCAUCCAUGAAAUCAUAAAUAAUACGUUUAAUUUUGUUAAGUGAAAAGCAAGACGACGUCCAGGGCCAAGAGCACAGAGGGAUUCAAGUUUGCCAAAUUUGAGAAAUGCACCGGAAACAUCCACUUGUCAGCGGCGGGAGAUAAAGUUAAAUAUGCAACAAAAAAAAGAGAGAGAUGUGGUAAUAUUCCCAAAAAUGUGAAUGAUAAAAGAAAAGUGAGGGGAGAGCGACUCUGUCCUGAAGCAAUCUGCUCCAUGAUGCCCCCCCCCCCCUCCCCAAAAAGCCUUUUGUGUGUUAAUACCUCGUAACCUUCGUCCCAUUGUGAGUACAAGGCCCAAAAUACACGUUUUGUCCACGUCUCCAUAAGUCCAUCCCAUCCGUCUCUUUUUCUGAAACAUGGCGAAAAUUGAAAAAAGGAUGUCUUGCAAACUGAGCUGCUGCCAAACCAGUGCUUUGAGAUGGUAAUGUCCCUGUGAUUUGAUGGGUUCCACAUGAGAAAAGGGACUCGGGGGCAGGUUUGACAGGAGGCUUCAGAUUUAUUUUUUGGUUUUACCCAAAUACACGUCAUGAUUGGUUUUACUCAGUCUGAAAACGGUCUCUGUGGCUCGGAAAGAAACUUUUAAGUUUUAGAUGACAGUGAAAGGGUUUUGGAGGCUGCACAACUUUACACAAAAAAAAAGGAAAGGCAUUAAAACAGGGGUUGUGGAGGGUUAGGGAGAAUCUAAUGAAAAGAGCGCCACUGGGAAAUGUAAGAUCCGUCGUAUUUGGCCUUUGACCCCUGCAUCAGACAAAGGGGUCCGGGGUAUCUCCGCAUCUACCGCUUCACUUUUCAACUUUUGUUCCGUCUCCUGUGAGGCCAAAACUUUCCAGUGUAGGUCGUCUUUGAGGGGAAUCGCGACUAAACCAUCCCCGUCCUCAUUACUGGUUAUAUUAAUUUUUAAUGUGCCCAUCACUGGCUGCAGCGCCGAGGGUGAUUGUUGUGUACGUGUGGGUCAGUAUUUAAACGUGUUUCCGUUAUUCAAGCUGCUGCAGUGUCUGUGGGGAAAGAGGAACUUUUUUUAUCUAUUUCCGAAUUUAAAAAAGUUGUGUUUAUGUGUCGUGGCUCCGGCCGGUCGACAAAAGAAGUGGCAUCAAUCAGGAUUUAAUUUCAAACACCUCAUGCAGCUCUGGCAACAUUAUUUUCCACUCAGCGCCCGUAACGUGCAUGAAAUCAAACAAAUCAAACUAUUACAGUUUUCUAGCUCCGUGCAUUUCUGGGUGAGGUCUCUGAUUCGUUUUUUCUUUUCCUGUAAUUAUGAAUCAUUAAAGUAGAUGGACACCUUUUUCAUUGUUUACACUUGGCAGAGUGGAGGCUGCACUCCGACUCAGUUACUCUGUCCAACCACCAGGGGGAGCUGCAUCCCUGCUUCCCGCGGAUAUGGACGCUGCAAGUGUUUCUGGAUCCAGCGACAAUAAAAUAAGUUUAAGCAACUUGACUUUUUUGUGGAAACGAGGAAGCUGCUCUUUGUUCCUGCUGUUCUCCUGCAGCUUUAAACGGACCUGGGUUCUGACGUCACUCCUGCUCCAUUGAUGGAAAUCUCACCUGCUGGAUUAACGAUGCUUCAAACAUGGUCUGAGCUACAGACACGCUCAUCACUGACACUAAAACACUUACUGAUGUCUAUUUCAACGUUUCAAACUUUGCUGUGGUGUGACGUGAUCGUGUUCACAUGCCAUGGUGUCUACGAGAAAGAACAAAAAAAAGAAAAGAAGAUAUUUUAGAAAUUUAUUGAGAAAGAACUUGUGGUACUGGAUAUUUAAAGA